AUUUCUCCACAAAAGCCUUUUUCUUUUAUAAAAAUCGCUCUCUUUCAAUUCUAAAAACAAACAAAUAUUGUUUUUUAAGUUUAAGCUCUUUCGUUUUUUGUUUUUAUGAUAGCCGGCGAUGCCAACGCCGGUUAGUGUAGCGCGGCAAUGCUUAACGCCAGAGGCAGCUCACGCGCUAGACGAGGCGGUGAGCGUCGCGCGACGGAGAGGACACGGGCAAACGACGUCGCUCCACGCCGUCUCCGCUCUUCUAUCUCUCCCUUCGUCCGCACUACGCGACGCCUGUGCCCGUGCUCGUAACGCUGCUUACUCCCCUCGACUCCAAUUCAGAGCGUUGGAGCUUUGCCUUAGCGUGUCACUGGACCGAGUCCCCUCGAGUCAACUCAGCAACGACCCGCCCGUAUCCAACUCGCUCAUGGCCGCGAUAAAGCGGUCUCAGGCGAACCAGCGAAGACAGCCCGAAAAUUUCCACCUUUACCGCGAUUUCUCGCAGCAAAACCCUUCAAAUAUCUCGUGCGUCAAAGUCGAGCUCCAACACUUGAUUCUAUCGAUCCUCGAUGACCCGGUUGUUAGCCGGGUCUUCGGCGAAGCGGGUUUCCGGAGCUCCGAAAUCAAGCUAGCAAUCAUCCGCCCCCUCCCCAACCUCUUAAGAUACUCUCGAUCACGAGGCCCACCGGUUUUCCUUGGCAAUUUAGAAAAUUCGGGUCCGGCUUACGAAUCCACCCGGGUUCCGGGUCGUCGGGGCUUCACUUUCCCUUUUCCGGGUUUUGCGUCUUAUUUUGAAGGAGAAGAAAACUGUAAGAGAAUAGGGGAAGUUUUGGCGCGAAGGAGGAAUCCACUACUUGUCGGUGUAUGUGCUUACGAUGCACUCGCGUGUUUCACAGAAAGUUUGGAGAAAAAGAAAGAGGGUCUUUUGGUUAAAGAAAUUUCAGGUUUAAACAUAAUUUGCAUCGAAAAUUAUAUUUUAAAGUGCAUUAAUGACGGUUUUAAAGAAGGGGAGGUUGGUUUAAAGUUUGAAGAAAUGGGUCGGGUCAUAGAGCGGGAAAUGGGAGGAUCCGGGUUGGUGCUGAAUUAUGGGGAUUUGAAAAUUUUUGUCAGUGACAAGAGUGGAAAAAGUGAGGAUGAUGAAGAAGAUGGAGGAGUUAGUUACGUGGUUGGACAUUUAACAAGGUUAUUACGAGUUUAUGGAGGGAAAGUUUGGCUGUUGGGAGCUGUAACUAGUUACCAGACAUAUCUGAAGUUCUUAAGUAGGUUUCCUUCAGUUGAAAAAGAUUGGGAUUUGCAGAUUUUGCCUAUUACUUCUCUUAGGACUUCAUUGGCUGAGUCUUAUCCAAAGUCCAGCUUGUUGGAGUCAUUUGUUCCAUUUGGGGGGUUCUUUUCUACACCUUCCGAAUCAAAGGGGUCUUUAAGUAGCUCAUAUCAACAUGUCCCCCGCUGUCAUCUAUGCAAUGAGAGGUGUGAAGAAGAAGUAAUUGCGAUUUCAAAGGGAGGAUUCAAUGUUUCCGUGACAGAUCAGUGCCAAUCUACUUUGUCUUCUUGGUUGCAGAUGACAGACCUCGGCGCAAACAAGGGAUCGGAUGUGAAGACCAAAGAUGAUGGACUGUUAAACACCAAGGUAGCAGGACUGCAAAAGAAGUGGGACAAUAUUUGCCAGCGCCUUCAUCACGCCCAUCCAGGCCCUGAGUCACACACUUAUCGAGCAAAUCUUCCGUUUCCAACUGUUCUGGGCUCUCAUUUCAUCCAAGACAAGAGGGAUAAUGCUCACGGUCAUGAUAGCAACAACUCAAAUACACUGCCCAGUGAAAAUAAUUGCAUAAAUGUAAAUUCAUGCUCACCCUUUAAUUUUCAAAAGAUGUCUACAUCACCGUCUGAUGACCCUUCCUCUUUGGUAUCCAAGACUGAUAAUGGAAGUUUCCUGUCCAAACUACGGGAAAAACCUUUCAAAGGAGGUGAUGAAGAGGCAAUUGAACCCAUAUCUCCUUGCAGUUUGUCCAAUUCAAGUGUGGGUGAUGUUAGUCAAGCAUCUCCUACAUCUGUUAUUUCUGUGACAACGGAUUUAGGGUUGGGUUUAUGCUCAGUUUCUUCAAGCAACAAAUUGAUGAAACCUGUAAAUCAAAACCGUACAGGGUUUGCACUGGACUUCUCAGGUUGCCUUCCUGCAAACAUUGAUGUUAUCAAUGGGAGUGUCUCUGGCCAUCCAGCUCGGUCCUUAUCUUCUUCAUCUCCUGACUUUGGUGGACAGCUUGAUCCAAACAAUUUCAAGAAGCUUUUUACAGCUGUCAUGGAAAGAGUAAGCUGGCAAGAUGAAGCUGCAAGUGUUAUUUGCCAAACAGUAGCCAACGGCCUAGCAAGAAAUGAAAAAUGUCAUGGAGCCAGUCGAAGAGGUGAUAUAUGGUUGAAUUUCAGUGGACCUGAUAGGUGUGGCAAAAAGAAAAUUGCUGUUGCACUUGCAGACAUAAUCUAUGGAAGCAGAGAGAAUUUCAUUUGCAUGGAUCUUAGUUCCCAAGAUGGGGUGAUGGAUACACAGUUGCUCUUUAAUUGCCAGGAUGUGAAUUAUGAUUUAAGGUUUCGAGGGAAGACUGUUGCUGACUAUGUUGCUGAAGAGUUAAGCAAAAAGCCCCGGUCUGUUGUCUUCCUUGAAAAUGUAGAUAAAGCUGAUAUUCAGGUUCGGAGCAGCUUAUCCCAGGCUAUCCGGACUGGCAAGUUUUCAGAUUCGCAUGGAAGAGAAGUGAGCACCAACAAUGCGAUAUUCGUGACAACUUCAACAUUAACAAAGGAAAAUCAGGUUGUUUGUCAUAAAUCGCAAACUUCUAACUAUUCUGAGGAUAAAAUAUUGAGAGCCAAGUGCUGGCCACUGCAGAUAUUGAUCAAGCAUGACAACAACAUAUUUGGCCAAAACUUGAUGACUCCUGUUACAACAAGACAAACCAUCUCUAAGCAGGGGUUUUUGAAUAAAAGAAAGCUGAUUGGCUCCCAUGAAACUGUGGAGCAGAAUGAGAUCAUUGAAACAGCCAAACGGGCGAAUACGACAUCAUCUGGGAAUCUAGAUUUGAACAUUCCAGCUGAAGAAAGUGAAGUGCAGGAAACUGAUGAUGCAACUGUUGACAACGAAUCUGCUGCUGAGAACCCCAUGUCUUGGUUGCAAGAUUUCCUUGGUCAAUCUGUCAAAAAUGUGGUUUUCAAGCCAUUUGACUUUGAUGCACUUGCAGAGAAAGUAUCGAACGACAUAAACCAGAGUUUCUGCGAGUUUAUCAGCUCUGAGUGUUUGUUAGAGAUAGACUCAAAAGUCAUGGAACAACUAGUAGCAGUUGCAUAUUUAUCUGAUGAGAAUAGGGUGGUGACAGAUUGGGUGGGACAAGUUCUUAGCGGGGGAUUUGCAGAAGUUGAAAAAAAGUACAACCUCAACACUCACUCUGUUGUGAAACUUGUUCCCUAUGAUGGCCUUCCUUUUGAGGGGAAAACACCAGUAGUUUGUCUUCCUCCCAAAAUCAUUCUUACCUAGUAUCUUUUCAAACCUAAUGUCGCUGUUAGGUGUACACAGAUUUAGCGUUUAGUCCGCUUGUAUUGUUGGUAAAGUGAUGGACUUUUACUUCCAAUUACAAUGAUUCAAAUCCUGGUGUCAAAAACUGAAAUAUGUUUAGCUUCUUAAUCCCAUAAUUUUUUGGGCUUCUUCUCUUCUUCCAGGUUGCUUGGUUACGUAUUCUACCAUGUAUAAUCUGUAGUAAAGUGUUAGUGUGGUAAAUCUUCAUCACUAUAAGGACACUUGUAGUUGCUCAAAUUUUCUUGCUUGGUUUGAUUGCUUAUGACCGUUGAUCCUUAUUACUAUAACUUUUGCCAAGGACUGUCCAGGAUGUAAACCAGCUUUCGACGAAUCAUUUGAGAAUAUAUAUAGUUUUUGUUUGUUUAUU